CUCUGCUGUCACAAAUACCACGGCAGGGACGCCUGGCCCGAUCACGCAACAUAUCGACGAUAGCCGAUCGACAAGCGAUCGACCCAAGGAUAUCCAGAGAACAAGCUCGAAGCCAGCAUGGCUGUCACUGACACCAUGCCGAUCAUGAUCAAAGAGGUCGUGCGGCGACAAGGGCCGCCGCCUCUCCCGCCACCGCCGGGUGGGUACACAUACGACUGGCCAACAUCACCGUUGCAGCAGUUUGGCUUUUUCAUUAUCUUCUUCUUUCCGGCACUCGCGACGGUUUUCUAUGCACUGAGAGUGUACUCGAGGACGAGCAAGAAGCAGUUUGGACUGGAUGAUGCCCUCGUCGGCGCUGCGCUCGUCUUCUCAUGGACGGAGACAUCCUUCACCUACAACUUUAUGAAAUACAACUACGUCGGCAUCCACGUCUGGGACAUCCCACUCACCAACGAUCCCAGACCCGGCUUGAUCUAUAACUUCGCCGUCCAAAUUGCUUACAACCCCAUCCUCGCCCUGGUCAAGACUUCGGUCCUGCUAUUCCUCCUCAGACUAAGCGGCGUGCAAAGGCCGCUGGUCCGCUGGUCCAUCCACGCCCUCAACGCCCUCAACAUCGCCAUGAUGCUCGCCAUAUUCAUCGUCGUCAUCUUCCAGUGCAGCCCCGUCGCAGCCAUCUACGACCCGGAUGUCAAGGGCACCUGCAUCGAACAGGGUCUCUUCUAUGUUGUCACUGCCGGUCUCACCGUCCUGACUGACGUUCUCGUCCUCGCAUUACCUUUCUGGAUUUUCCUUGAGCUCAAGAUCUCGCGCAAGAAGAAAAUGGCCCUCAUUGGCGUCUUCGGUCUCGGCGGCCUCGUUACAGCAGUCGGCGUCGCCCGUCUGCUCAUCCUCUAUCAGGGCUUCUUCACUGCCCCUUCCGCAGACCCGACCUACUCCAUCGCCUUUACCUCCUCGGCCAUUGAGACAAACCUCGCCAUCAUCACCGCCUCUGCGCCCAUGCUGAGGCCCUUGCUCGUGCAGUGGUUUCCCAGAAUGUUUGCUAGCACGAAAGGCACGAGCGCUGGUAAUGGGUACAAUGGCACAGGCAGCGGAUACGCUAACCAGUCGACAUUGAGGAGCAAACCGGGACACCGGAGCACGCCAUAUGGAGCUGGCGUGAGCGGGAUUAGACUUCAGGAUAUUUCCAAGGCUAGGCACCACACGGAGAUCAGGGGCGAUAGUCCUACAGGGUCAGAGGAGGAGAUAAUGACGUACAACGGCAUCAUGCGCACGACGAAUUACACGGUCACCAUUGACAAAGAUGGCCAGGAGUUCGCCCAGGCCCACGAAGACGCCGAACCAGCAAGGGCGAGUUACCAAUGAUAAUCUCGAGCGUAGAAUCGAUAAACAGCGUUGGUGGCAAGAGAUUCCACUAAGAAGCUCUGUCUCUGAUGCACUUAUGCAUAUGGGUUUCUCGGAAG